AGAUCAAAAGAUGAUCCGGGAGGGACUUUAAAACUACUAAAAGGUGUGUCCAUCAAUAAAAUCAAGAAUUUACUAUUUAAAGAGCAUCAAAACUGUUAAGACAAGCCUGUUAAUAAUGAAUAUACGCAAACAUUUCAUUGCUUCAGGAGCUGCAGUUGGUUGUUGUGUCUGGACAUGUGUUGUUGUUAAAUGCCUCGUUAAAGCUUGUGUUUUAUCCACAUAUACAUACCGUAAUUAUCUAUAUUUGCAAACAUAGUUUUUAAGUAUAGGGACUGAUUUGUGUGUUGGCUCACAUCCGUUUAUUUAGCAGUAAGAUGGAGGGGGAGAACGGUUUUGUGUGAUGAAGAGGUGAAGGGAAAUGUGAACGCGUACAGAAGGGAAAGUUGCUGAGGUCAGGUUUCAAACACCUACACAGAAAAAGCAGGGAAAAAAUGGAUCUCCACCCACACAGCUGCAGUCUGGACUCUCUCAGCUGUUCACUUCACUAACACACAGUCGCACGAACAAUCUCUCCUGUAAUUAACAUAUUUCUAACCCUCCUGGGAAUCACCCUGGGCUUUUCUGCAUCAGUGGGCCUCAUUAUGUGUGAGAGGUUCAAUCCCGCCGGCUGAUCUCUCCCAGUGCUUUCCUCUGAAAGGAGCUGCUGCCGGCUCACACUGAGCCCACACCACGACUCCAUCCUCCAAAUUCUUUGAUUUGUCUGCCUUUUUCCAUCAGCCCACUCAGUCUCUAUCUGCCUCUCCGCCUCUCUCCAGCUCCCUUUAAGCUGAUGGAGCUUAUUGUGGGCAAAUAGGCUUAUGAGCAUCUCUAUGGUAACAGCGAAUCGUAAAAAGCUACAUGAGCACUUCAUCGCGGGGCCGGGAUCCAAUGGCUCCCUUUAGAGAUGGUGCCCUUAACCUCCGGCAACAAGUAAAGGCAGGCCAGGGGAGCUCAGGGGAGGAGGAGGAGGAGGCACAAGGUAAAGAGGAGGGGCUUAAAGAAACCAGGAGAGGACCGGAGAGCAGAAAGAAGAGGACUAUUCUCCUGGUUUUGUUUCUUCACCUGACAACGCUCUCUGGGUUUUGAAGACUACUUUUAAAUCUAAUUUCUGCUGCAGUUUUGAUUCGUGUGCAGACCAAGAAAAGCCUCAGAGGAAGAAGAGCAGGAGCCGUAAAGGAGGACAAUGGCCUCCUGGUUCAGCUGGAAUGAGCCUUACUGCCGGAGCCCCCGCAGGGACCCGGCGGAUGUGGUCACCGACACCUUAAUGCUGGAGCUCAGCUGGCAGCUAAAGGAAACAGAGAGGCAGCAGAGGGAAAGGGAGAACGAGUACCGGCGCCUGAAGAGCGGCGUGGACUACAGCUGGCUGGCCAGCACGCCUCGCUCCUCCUUCAACAUCAGCACCGGGGAGAGGCUGGCCCUGGAAGACCUCUGCUCCAAAGUGCCUCCGUCCUGCUGUGGGAUGGUCAUCCUAAAGUUCAGAGAUUUGAUUCAAACUAAUGAACCCGAGGCCCAUGAGGUCUCCGGCCUUUUCCGCUCCGUUGUCAUGGAGAUGUUGGAUGGCUUGAAGGAGGAGCAGGAGGCCCAGCGACUCUCUCGCCAGUGGAACCACAAGCGCGCCAUGAGCAUGAAUUUCAAGUCACGGAUCAGGAUCAACCCGUUCGGAAGCACCACGGGCCUGACUGCUGUGCCCGACAGGACUGGCAUGAGCGAUCUCAAAACAGUGUCAGAGGAUGUGGAGAAAGGGAUAGAGAGGGAGGACAAAUUUCAGAGGGGGUGGAGCAUGCCUGACUUCAGAUACAAAGGAAGCAGCAGUAAGCUCGUCUGAUGUGGACCCUCACAGAUUGUAAAUUCUGCCUCUGUGCAGUAUCUCAUCUUUGCAUCAAGCAAAGGUUUUUCAUUUACUACCACUCAGCAUUUAAUCCUGAUUUAGGUUUUCAUCUCAAAGGGGAACAUUGCGUCUUUUCUCAGUAAGAGUUAGACUUUGCCUAAAAAUACUGCCUCUUGCUUUGAGAUUUACUGCAGCCAAAUAGGGAAUUUGUGUCUUUUUUUGUUUUUCUUUUUAGCAAAAGGUUGGUGGAUCAGAAUAAAUAGAAGAAAAUAUAAAACAUGUAAUGCCUUUUAAAAGUAAUCGUGUUUUACAGAAUAUUUGGCAUGGACUUUAGAUAAGCAGCUCUUGAAAUUCAGAGCUUGAAUUCCUCUCUGAGAAGCACAAAGACUCAGAUGCAGAAAGCAUCCGUCAUUCAAGGUCACUAGUAGGUACCAAAAGAACAGAAAUGCACUCGCCUACGCAGUGACAUGUUCUUUUUGAAUAAAACAAAUCCAAGAAUGA